AAAAAACGAAUUAUUAAAUUAUUUGGCCACGCCUCCUUAAUAGAAAUGAAUUAUUAUUAACCCCCAAGCAAAACCAAAUAAAAUGGACAAGCCUCAGAUCAUAGCCCACGUUGAAAAGAGCCUCAAUUUCACACUCUACGACGCCAAGUGGAUACCAUGCAGUGCUAAGUGUGUCGUCCUAGGCUCUCACCCUCGAGAUACGGGUGCAUUCCAUAUAUACGAGCUAAGCAAAGGGGAGCUCAAGUCUAUCAAAGAGUCCGAAAAAAAGCAUUCCUUCAAGUGUGGGACAUUCGGCGGGACAAGUUUGCACCAGCGUAAUCUAGCAACCGGGGACUUUGCUGGCUUCCUCCAAAUAUGGGACCUGGAAAAAACUGACCUCCCGAUAUACUCGGUGAAAGGUCACGAGUUGAUAAUUAACGCUAUUGAUGGAGUGGGUGGGCUGGGGAUUGGAGGAGGGGCUCCAGAGAUAGUGACAGGAAGCAGAGAUGGUACUGUUAAAGUUUGGGAUCCUCGUCAAAAGGGCACGCCCGUGGCCACCAUGUCUCCGGCCGAGGGUGACAUGAAGAGGGACUGCUGGGCAGUUGCUUUCGGUAAUUCGUACAAUGAUGAAGAGAGGUGUGUCGUGUCUGGAUAUGACAAUGGAGACAUUAAAAUGUUUGAUUUGAGAACCAUGACUUUAAAAUGGGAGACCAAUGUUAAGAAUGGGGUCUGUGGGUUAGAGUUUGAUAGGAAAGAUAUUCCAAUGAACAAGCUGGUCUCUGCUACCCUAGAAUCAAAAUUUAACUUGUUUGAUCUUAGAACUUUCCAUCCAGCAAAAGGCUACACAUCACUUACUGAAAAGUAUCACAAGUCCACCACACUGUGGUGUGCAAGACACUCACCUCACAAUCGUGACCUCUUCAUGACAACUGGUGGAGACGGAUCUAUUAGUUUAUGGAAAUAUUCCUACCCCAGUAAGAGAAGCAAGGCUGAUGAAGGCGGGCAUGAGGUUGGGGUAGUCGGUUCUGUUGGUCUCCUUCAAACUGUCACUUUCUCGACUCAACCAAUCUCUAGUCUUGACUGGAGCCCAGAUAAGGAAGGGUUGCUUGUUACAACAUCUUUUGAUCAAACUGUUCGUAUAUGUCUCGUCACCAGACUCAGUACAUGUUAAUUAUUCAUAUCACACACACACACACACUUACAAUCAUCCAACACAACCAUUUCACUUGAUUGUAAUAAUAAUUAUUAUGUUAUCAUAAAAGAAGAUAUCUUCAUUGGAAAUUUAA